GUCGCGAGACAGUAUGGCAAUUAAGUUGGAGACAAAGAAGAUCAGAGUAGUCAAAGGAUAGCGCGUGGCGGCUUGGCGGCAUCAGCCCCGGAGGGGGCUCUAGGGCGCGGGGCUGGAGGUUUCAUUGCGCACGCAAGCUCGACCCGGCCGAGAGCAACAGUCUGCUCGCGUGGGCCGCCGCUCGCGACUCGUUCCCGCCAUCACGCCUUAUCAUGUCCCAUGUUGCGGGUUGGCGCUUGGCAGCGUCGAUGGUAAGGCGAUGAUCGGCCGCGCGGACUGGCUGCGCGCUCACAAUGCGGCAGCCAAGCACAGACACUGUGGACAAAGCGGUGUGCACGGAGGAGAGCGGUGCGGCUCGGCUGGAGGCGAUCCUGGUUGCGCUUGUGGAGCGCAAAGCGCGAGCCUUGCACGCGGAGCAGUCGCGGACGCACCCUCUGCUCUUGCUGCUCAGGGACCACGUGCCAGACGAAGAGGCAUCGAUUAUUGGCAGUCCCGGCGAAGAACUACCUUCACACUGGUGUGAACAUGAGAUCGCAAGGCAUAAACGCAAAAAACUUAAAUUGCAACCCCAUAUUAGGGAUACGAACUGUCCUGAAACGCUAGAUUUGGAGCGUCGUCGCCGUCGUCGGCGGAGGCGCACCCAGCACCAACACACACGGAAGCCUAAAAAACAUCGAACACUCCUAGUAUCUGCUAUUGAUGAACAGGCGAAAGUCAUACAUGUGCUUGACCCUGACGAGUUGCCACGCCGUGCUCGCUACACGAUUAUGGUGACGGCCUGCCUGCUGCUAUUCCUGUGCUUGCUGCUUGUUGGUGUUACCCUGCGAAUGGCUCCUCUAAUUGAUGAUAUGGUUCGCCAGGAGAACGAGCGCAUGAUGCACGACGUCCUGCAGGCGGAAGUCUUAAAUCGCACCCAGUCGUCGGGGGGAUUCCGCUGACGCCGCGGUACUCGCCGCGCCCGCGGCUCGACAACGUCCGACCCGCCGCGGCUCCUCCCGAGGAACCCUCCGACCCCGACCCCGGCCCACUAGACACCAGCGUCGACCCCGGCCCCGCGCUGACUAGCACACGCGACGUGCUCACCGCCCAUCGACUCCCGGUGAGCCACACAGCGCCCGAUUUCACAUGAACGUCAUCUAUGGACUUUGGCCUCUACUAGUUGCAUCGGAUGCUAUUAUGUUCGCGCGUGACGUAAACGUGCAACACUUAAUGCCAAUGAACCAUCUCGGCGCAUUGAUAACUUAUAAUUGUGAGUUGCUGCGUAUAUUAAAUACUCAUAGAUAUAUAAUAACGAUUUUAUGUAAUGUAUAAUGAAAGUGACGAGAUGAAAACGUAGGUAGUUUAAUGUGAAAAAGUGAAGGAUAAGUAUUUAAAUUGAAAUGUUAUUUGUUAAAAUGUAUCAGAUAGUAAUCAAAAGACACAAUUGUCUCUAAUCCAAUGUAGUUUUACGAAAUAGUGAUAUAAAUGAAACAAAGGUACAUGUAAUGUUUGUCAAAUAAGGAAGAAUAUUUAAAAAUAUUGAAAACUAAGAAAAAAAACAUGAGUUAUCCCUGUCAACACUAUAAUCUUGUAGUUAUAUAUUAAUCUAAUAAUGAAUGUUGUAAUUACUUAGUCUGAAAGGUAACGGGGGUUGCUAGCUGUUAGCAUUUGUUAUAGUAUUUAAUACAUGCAUAUUUAAUCAUGUGAAGCCUAUGGAUUAAUUAUAUCAUUAUCUGUCUAUGUUUGUGUCAUGAAGGUUUCAGUGAGCCAGAUAAAAAUCCAAAAUGGCUUUUUUUUAAUAAAAAUGAGCUACUCACAAAGUAUUUUUAAAUUUCUAAGAGUAGUUUCAUAAAUUGAUCUCUGAGUUUAUUUCGUGAGUUUAUUUCCAAUCAAAUAUUGUCAACAUUUCAACGUUACUUUAUUUAUUCCGUUAAUUUUUAACGCUUAAAGCACUCGAUACCCCUGUUUACAAUAAAAAGAGCUUUCGAAUCAGCGCUUAAGAAUCUGUUUAAAAAAAAAAAAGAGCUUCUUGUAUAGUAGUUGUUGUAGAUAUUAUGUCUUAUGCGCAACGGGAGUCAAGUAACAGAUACGCAAGGUCAACAUUGUUCGCCAACAUUGGCUUUUUCGUUCACUGGACUUCGUACUAUAAACAGUUUGGAACUUCUUAAAAAUACCUCGCCGAAAUUUAUUUUACUUCAAUAAAAAAAAACAUAAUUAAACGAAAAACAAGUCUUUUGUUUAUGUACAAAUGUGGAAUACAAAAUAUUUCAUUGGUAAAAAAUAUACUUCGAAUGAGAUUCAUUUAUCUAGCUGUCUUGGUUGUUAUCAUUGACUCCACAGCCUGUAUUCGAUUUUUGGGAAGGAUUUCAAAAGAUAUAUGUAUACAUAUUUACAAAGUAUUCUUAACAUUGGAUUAACAUCUAAAUUAAACAAGAAUAAGUCGAAACAAAAAUAACCUUUUGAAUAUUUUCUCAAGAUUGGGCUAAAUUAAAAAAAAAAAUCAGAGAAAAUACUGUCCAUUAUUAAGAUAAUUGAAUUUUAUUACUGAAUUACGAACAACUUUAUGAUGAGAUCUUAAUUAAAAUCAAUUUAUUUGUUUUAUGACAGUACACGAAAAUGCAUUUUCUAAUUAUUCUAUUUGUUAUAAUCGAAUUUAAUGCAACAUAAUAUAUGAUUGAAAUAUUUAAAAAUUUCUAAACUUAUUUCGUUAUUGCUUUAAAUUAAUAAGCUUCAUGGUAGCCAGUGGACCACAAAGCCGGCGAUGCACUUGAUGUCUGCGGUAAGUUAGAUUAUUAAGAUAUUAAGUGAAGCACGUUCGACAGUUUCCCCGGAAUUCCUAGCGCGUCUGCAUGAUGUAACUAUUGUGCUUUUGUUAGAGCCACCCACGUUCAUAUAUCUCAUUCUAUUGUUUCGUCAUGACCUAUAUGUGAAAGUUCACUUCAUGUUUUUAUAAUCUCUCAGGUCAUUUAGAUUAAUACAGAAGAGAACAAGCCUAGUUGAAGUAUUCCGCUGGGUUUCUCGAAAUUUCUCGAAAAAACUAAAUCCCGUUUUAUGUGAGUAUUGAAUAAUAAUAAAAAAAUUAUCAUCAUCUUAAUAAUCUAAUUAAUGUUUUCAAUAAUUCAAUAAUAGUAAUGAUUGUUUUGUGUACUUGAACUUACAAAAAAAUAUCUAAAACUAUGGUUCCAGAGCCCCUUUUGUGAUUGAUUGCUAAUGUGACAGGCGUGUAAUAACAGACUAAUGUAUGAGUAACGUAAUGACAAAUGUGCGCAAUGACGUAGAUCGAAUGAAGCUCUCUUCAUUCCUUUAUUUACCUACAAUUUACAGAUUACUUUAUGCUCUCUGGGAAACUAAAUAAUACAAGACACAAAGAUAGUAUUGAAAUAGAAUAAAAUAUUGGAAUACCUAUGUAUAAGCGACAAUAACUGCUUUAUACAUAAAUGAUAGGCAAUAACCAUAUUCGAUGCGCAAAAAAAAAUAUCUUUCUAGGUCUAUUAAAAUCAUUUCAAUCCUACAGCUAGAUUCGUUAAAAUAGAAUUUUUUUCAGGUAUUUCAACUUUAAAUUAGUCUACUGUAAAGUUCACGCAUUGUCGCCUAGUCACGUUUGCCUUUCAAGCGUCGAUAUGUAUUUAUUAUUCUAUGCAUGUGCAUGUCAUUACUUCCUCUACGAGUACAUUACAUUCUGUUAAAUUUAAUUUGAAAAAUUCUAAGUAUCUUCUAGGAUUUUUUUAACGGAUAGAGAAUCUCUCAGGUAUUAAGUCAGCCAGUGUGUACAAAUACAUGAAGUGUGAUAAAUAAAAUAUAUUAUAAAUAAUAAAACUAGGCGGACUGUUUUCAUUUUCAUCCUUAUAGAUGUUGUUGGUGUUACAAAUGCGUGCGAUUUCGGGGGAAGCUGUGAGUGUGUCGUUUUCCUGCUACAAACACUGUGCUCGUAUGCAAUAUUAAUAAUUAAAAACUGUAAAAGCAAAUACUUAAAAAUGACAAAAAAACGAAAAAGCUUUUUUGAAAUUUUUGAAUAUUUUUCAAUCUUAUUACCUACUCCAAAUUCAGGUGGCUACUUAUUGGGACCAAGCCCAUCGUAUUCAGUUGAUGAGAUGUAAUUGAAACUUGACACUAAAGUCCUCUGCUAAAAAAUUGUUGAGAAAAUCAUACGGCUCAGUGUUUGUCGCAUUUGUGUUAAUAUAGAGGACAUUGAUGUUCUAUAUAACGAAUAGCAUAACAUUUUAAUGUGAGCACGACGUAACAUUUUGUGACCCACAUACAAAUCAAACGAGUGACAUUAUUCAAAUAAAUUCGAUCCAUUUCUCCCAGUUUCAGGUAAUAUAAUAAGACGGCGUUGAACCUAUUGAAUCAAAUAGAGUAUUUGUUUUAUAAAAUAGAUACAAAAAUUGAUAAGAUUAUUAUUAAGAUGAUCGAAAUGUACACGUAAUCUGUGUGUGGGCAAAAAUACGGUCUGCGAUUAGUUACGAAUUUGCGUCGACAACAAAACGUGUGUUUAAAACGUAGUUUAAUGCGAUCCGCAUUCUCUCCCAUCCUCGUGUGAUACGAUAUAUGCUACGUGUUCAAAUGUUACAAUUUGUUUAUCCUAAGGUAUCGCUGCGCUGUUAUAUGUACAUAUAAAUUCAGUUCUGAAAUGCUGAAGAUUGAUACCGAUAAUAUGAAUAUUGUCUAUUCCGAUUUCGAACAGAACUUAUUGAUGUAACAUUAGAGUUAGCAAACCAAAAUACAAAGAAUUUUAUAGUUGUUUGUUGUAAACGUCAGUUAUGAUUAAACUAUUUUACAGACAAGAAUGUUUAAUAAAAUAUCUUUGUAAAAUAA